ACCUUUUUUGACGUCUGUCAACAAAUUACACGAAGUGAAUAAUCGUGACUUUCAGUUUUGAAAUAUUAGGAGCCGGUGUUUGUUUUUAGCAGAAAAAGAGAAGUUUGAAGGAAAUAUUUCACAAUGCCUAACGUUUCAGUCAAAGUAAAGUGGGGUAAGGAGACAUUCCCCGGUGUGGAGGUGAAUACAGAUGAUGAGCCGGUGCUGUUCAAAGCGCAGAUAUUUGCCCUAACCGGAGUACAGCCAGACAGACAGAAGGUGGUCUGCAAAGGUGUUACAUUGAGAGAUGAUGCAUGGGGUAACUUUAAAUUGACUAAUAAUGCAAUAGUGCUUGUGAUGGGUAGUAAAGAGGAGGAUGUUCCUGCAGCACCUGUAGAACAAACUCGCUUUGUGGAAGACAUGAAUGAGGCUGAGCUUGCAACAGCUCUCGAUCUCCCCGAAGGUUUGAUGAAUUUGGGCAACACAUGCUACAUGAAUGCAACAGUUCAGUGUCUCAAGACUGUCCCUGAGUUGAAGAAUGCACUUCUUAAUUAUGACAAAUCAUCAGGAGGUGGUACAGCGGGUGAGUUGACCUCUGCGCUGAGUGACACGAUGCGUACACUGGAGGGUGGGCAGUCGGGCGCAUGCGCAGUGGCCACGGCCAAGCUGCUGCACGCCCUGCACGAGGCGGCGCCGAGGUUCGCGGAGCGCGGCGCCGGCGGGGGCUUCGCACAACAGGACGCCUCCGAAUGCUGGAGUGAGAUUGUGCGCGCGUUGCAGAGCAGGCUGCCGGUCGCCGCCCCAGUGCCAGGAGACAGGACGUCUAUAGUGGAGCAGUACUUCGGGGGGCAGCUGGAUGUGGAGCUGGUGUGCGCGGAGGCGGAGGAGCCGCCCUCGCGAAGCACCGAGUCCUUCCUGCAGCUCUCCUGCUUCAUCUCGCAGGAUGUCAAGUAUCUGCAGUCCGGCCUCAGAUCUAAAAUGUCGGAACAAAUAACAAAAAUGUCGCAAACAUUGGGCAGGGAUGCUAUUUAUACAAAAACGAGUAAAAUCAGCCGCUUGCCCGCAUAUUUGACAGUUCAGUUUGUGCGGUUCUACUACAAGGAGAAGGAGUCUAUCAAUGCCAAGAUCCUCAAAGACGUGAAGUUCCCACUGGAGCUGGAUGUGUUCGAGCUCUGUUCCCCGGAGCUGCAGGAGAGGCUCGCGCCCAUGAGAGCCAAGUUCAAGGAAAUAGACGAUGCCAAAGUAGAGUCCACGCUAAGUGGAAAAAAUAAGAGCCACGGAGAUUCCAGGAAAGACACGAAAAGGAAAGCAGUUCUGCCGUAUUGGUUUGAAAAUGAUGUGGGCAGCAACAACAGCGGGUUCUACCGUCUUCAGGCAGUGCUGACACACCGUGGACGUUCCUCCUCAUCGGGGCACUAUGUGGCAUGGGUAGCUCGCGCUGGCGGCUGGCUGCGCUGUGAUGAUGACACUGUCACACCUGUUACAGAGGAGGAGGUGCUCAAGCUCAGCGGAGGAGGGGACUGGCACUGCGCCUACCUGCUGCUGUACGGACCCAGGAUCCUGGAGAUACCUGAAGAGGAGGAGCCAAUGGUGACGGAGGCCAGCGAGGACCCCGCGGGGGAGCCCCCCACCGCGCUCGCCUAAACCCCUCGCCAUAAGGCAGACCCCCGCACACACAUUGCAACCACGCGGCAGCGGCUCUAGAAAUGAUGGUUAUUCAAUGAUCGCUUCAGUAGAUAUCUGUCGCCUAUAAUCUUUUACGCGUAGAAAACUCAUUCUUCAUUGAAAAUAAACUUAAAUAUUACAGACUUAAUAAUAUUUAG